UCUCCGCCGCCUCCUUGGGCGGCGGUCACCGGGCCCCCAGAUGGUGGGUCCGGAGGAUGCCGGGGCUUGCUCGGGAAGAAACCCCAAGUUGCUCCCGGUGCUGGCGCCGGAGCCCGUGGGCCAGGACGGGAAGAUGAUACGGCCCACAAGCGGUGUCGGCGCUGUGGAGGCGCGGGAGGAAGCUGAAGAGGAGGAGGAUACGCCGCCUCAGCAGCUCCUUCAGCGUUACUUCGCGGCGGCUGGGGGGAAGCUGGAGCCGGGGCUCUGCUACUGUCCGCUCCCCGCUGGCCAGGCCCACGCCCCACCGCCCUCGGCAGCCCCACGCUCGGGCUCCAAGCACCGCGGUGCGGAGGUGGCGGAUGCCCGCGCGCCGCGGUACGGAGGCAUGACCAACGGGGACUCGGGUUUUCUGCACGGUCAGGACUGUCGCGACCUGGAGGAGGCUCGCGAGCUGGCCAGUGCCGCCGGUUGGGAGUCGCACCGCCGCCGCCCCUGCGGCCACCUACGCGCGGAGGAGCCUGGCAACGAGGGCGCGGACGGCGGGGGCAGCCCGUCCGACUGGGCCGCACCGCUCGAGGACCCGCUGCGGAGCUGCUGCCUGGCCGCCGCGGACGCCGAAAAUCCCGAGCGCGCGGGCAGCGGCUCGGGGACCAGGCCGACCAGCGGCGGCGUCAGCAACAGCAGUAGCGAGGACUUGGAGCAGCCGGGAGCCGGUGCCGGCGGUCCCGAGGGGGGUGCGCCCCCCGCCACCUCGGCAGACAGGACUAGGGGCGCGGACGUGGGGCCCAGCCUCAGCUUCUGCGACGUUCACUUGAACUCUCGGAACACGUUCGAAGUGAGCCACCGCCAGAACGCCCACGACCACUUGCCCCCGGCUGGGCCGCCGGUGCCCUCGCCCGCCGUGGAGCAGGGCUCCGCGGGAACCUCGGCCCGGGCUCGACGGAGCGGCGGCUUCGCUGACUUCUUCGCCAGAAACCUUUUUCCAAAAAGGACAAAGGAACUUAAAUCGGUUGUUCAUAGUGCUCCUGGUUGGAAAUUAUUUGGUAAAGUCCCUCCUAGAGAGAAUAUUCAGAAAACUUCUAAAAUCAUUCAGCAGGAAUAUGAAGCACGAACAGGGAGGAUCUGUAAACCACCACCACCGUCUUCAAGACGUAAAAAUUUUGAAUUUGAGCCACUUUCUACCACUGCCCUGAUUCUUGAGGAUCGACCAUCAAAUCUUCCUGCCAAAUCUGUGGAAGAAGCUUUGCGUCACCGACAAGAAUAUGAUGAGAUGGUGGCUGAGGCAAAAAAACGAGAAAUUAAAGAAGCACAUAAAAGAAAAAAAAUAAUGAAAGAACGAUUUAAACAGGAAGAAAGUAUUGCAAGUGCAAUGGUAAUUUGGAUCAAUGAAAUACUGCCCAAUUGGGAAGUAAUGCGUAGUACAAGAAGAGUUCGAGAAUUGUGGUGGCAGGGAUUGCCCCCUAGUGUUCGUGGGAAAGUUUGGAGUCUAGCUGUAGGAAAUGAACUAAAUAUCACUCCUGAACUUUAUGAAAUUUUCCUCUCAAGAGCAAAAGAACGGUGGAAAAGCUUCGGUGAAACAAGUUCAGAGAAUGAUACAGAAGGUAUAUCUGUUGCUGAUCGAGAGGCCAGUCUGGAAUUAAUUAAAUUGGACAUAUCCCGUACAUUUCCAUCUCUCUACAUCUUUCAGAAGGGUGGCCCAUAUCAUGAUGUCUUACAUAGUAUCUUAGGAGCGUACACAUGUUACAGACCAGAUGUUGGUUAUGUCCAAGGGAUGUCCUUCAUUGCAGCAGUCCUUAUUCUCAACUUGGAAGAGGCAGAUGCCUUCAUUGCAUUUGCAAAUCUCCUGAAUAAGCCAUGCCAAUUGGCCUUUUUUCGUGUGGAUCACAGCAUGAUGUUGAAAUAUUUUGCAACAUUUGAAGUAUUCUUUGAAGAAAAUCUCUCCAAACUAUUUCUUCAUUUCAAGUCUUAUUGUCUUACACCAGAUAUAUACUUGAUAGACUGGAUCUUCACAUUAUAUAGCAAAUCACUACCACUUGAUCUGGCCUGUCGAGUCUGGGAUGUAUUUUGCAGAGAUGGGGAGGAAUUUUUAUUUAGGACUGGAUUAGGUAUCCUUCGAUUAUAUGAAGAUAUUCUCCUACAGAUGGACUUUAUUCACAUAGCACAAUUUCUAACUAAAUUGCCAGAAGAUAUCACAUCAGAAAAGCUGUUCGGCUGUAUUGCAGCCAUUCAGAUGCAAAAUAGCACCAAAAAAUGGACUCAGGUCUUUGCAUCUGUAAUGAAAGAUAUUAAAGAAGGAGACAAGAACAAUAGUCCUGCUCUGAAAAGCUGAUCUUCAAAAUGAACAGGCUAAUUGAAAUAUAAAAAAUGGUUUUUUGGAUAGAAGUUUUUGUUUCCUAUGUAGAAAGCAUGGAAAAAAAUGUUGGAGAAAUCUAAAAGAAGCAAGAGGUGGAAAACUGCUGAUUUUAAAUCCCAUAGCUGAAAUAAACAAAAUAAGUAACUUAUUGGCAGUAUUAUAUUGAAAAAUAUUUUGUAGGUGGAGCCAUUUUUCAAAGGAAAGUUUCAAUGGCUAGUUCAUACUCCAUAAUUUGGAGUGAACAGUUUAACGCAAUAAAUUUUUUAAAUAGCUUUGGAGAUACUUCAAAUUUUUACAUCUUUUCUUUUUUAACAGUUACCACAGUGGCACUUUGGAGGUCUGAGUAUGAUUAUUAAAUACUACUUUAACCUCCAAAAUAUUAUAGUACAGAUAUUAUCUCCAGAUCUGACCAUUUGAAGAUACUACAGACCAAGAGUAAGCAUCGACUGUAAAUCAUAUAAGUCACUAAAGAUGUUUAUCUUCAUUCACAGGUUGCAGUAAAUUUGGGUUUUCUGGGAAAUGGAAACAUUGGUGGGAGAUUAUUGUUUGUUUAGGUGUUUUUCCACAAUAUUGUGUCUAUUUGUUUUUGAAGAGAAAUUCUUUCUCUUCCUUAAGGAGUUCCUAUCAAAGAGUUUUAGCCUCUCUGUUUCUAACAAACUGCUCAUCUAGUAAUUUUACAUUAAGAAAACUAAAAAACUGGUAGAAGGAAAGUUCUUUGCACUUUAAUGGAUUGAAGACUUGACUUUGAGAGUAAGUCCAAAAAAAUAAAUGAAGACUUUCCCUAGUAAGAAUUAAAAGUAAUGAAUCCUGAGAGUUCAAGCAUGCUACUCGGUAAGACUUUAAAAUUUUUAGUUAAAAUAACUCCACUGUCUGUAGAAACAAAAUUUGUCAAUUUCAGUUUAAAAUUCGAAAUCUUAAUACAUAGCUAAGUCCAUGACUUGUAAAACACCAGGCAUAAUUUUUUCUAAUCAGUGGAAAUAAGAGUAAAAU